AUGGCUUGUCAAGCAUUUCUUGGUGCUUUUCUACUGCUUUUGAUCACUUGCAAUGCUGUAGAAGUUGAUAAUUUGAAUCAGGUGUUUGACUGGGCUAAUACAGACGUGCCCCCCAGCUUGGACAACAUUCUUAGUCCCAUAGCACCCGUAGAACCCAUCCAGACCUCUCAAAUACAAACCCCACAUUCCAGCUUAUCAGUGGCAGGAGUUUCCCCUACAUCAGUCUCAUCUACCCCUUUCCAACAUUUACAUGAAUCAGUUGGCCAAUUUCAAGCACUACUCAAUUCCCCUUGUUUUCCAGAUACUAUGGAUCAAUUACAUAACAUCCUUCACGCAGAUUCAGAAACUCAAGAUACUUGGGAACAUUUUGGCAUUAAUCAUCAUGCUAUGCCUCAUCAAGAUACAAUCAUUCCUGGUACUAGCUGGGGAGAAUUUGUGUCUGAGAAUGGAAUUGAGAAUACAAGUAGAAUAGAAGAACAGUUGGAGAGUUUAUAUCACCAUUCAGGAGGACUUCAUGACAGACACAACGGGUUUUCAAGCCAAUCAUCAUCAUUGCAGCCACUCCCAAAUAAUCUGGACAACUAUUCAAACAGCUAUCCGCAUUCAUCUCAAGAUUUGGAAACAUACCAAGAGCAACUGGACUAUUUCCAAAAUCUGGCCAAGAUGUCAGAAAUCUCUCAAAUCCAUAACCCAGAAAGGGGAGGCUGA